AUGUUCUUAGCUCGUGCGUUCCCUCUAAAUGAAAAGUCCGGUUUGAACAUGAGAGGAACAUUCAAUGUCGAAAAUGUGACGAUAUAUGAAUCAGCACCACCUGCUGUUCCUAAUUCUUUGGAGUCUUUAUCAAUGGAAGUCGAUGAGAAUCAACAAGAAGAGACGAUAAAGGAGACUGAGGAAGGCCAACUUGUGACGGGUGACCCUUCGACAGCUCCAGGAGAGGCUGAUAAGACUGCACCAUCUGGAGACGAAGUCAAUCCAAGUAUCCCCUCACAUAUACAAGAAUCUACACUAGAUAUGCCUAGUUCUACACCAUCGACACCAAUUCCAUCUGUACUUUCAACACCAUCUCCAGAAGACACUAAUUAUUCAGAUUUCUGGUCACUACAGUCCAUUUUAUCCAACCCAACAAUUUUAUUCACAAAUGAGAAGGAGAUGUCUCCUUUUAAGAGAAAAGUGAAAAAGGUGAUGGCCCUUUUCUUAGCAACAGAUGAAAAGAGUCAUACCUCACAUGACCCUAAACGGACAAGAAAUGGGUCUCAACACGAACAGGCCACAACUCACAAAAAGCCUAUUUCUCCUUCGAACCUUUCAAUGGAAUCUGAAAAGGCAUUUGUUCCUAAAUGGCUUACCAAACGAGAUUUGUUCGAACUUCAACUUAAAGAUGCUGCAUUUAGGAGGUCAUUUCUCGUUCAACUGUAUAUUAUAAGCGAUUUUCUACUCGGUCAGUCUUCAAGAGCUAAAGAAUUCUGGAAUUCUUUACCAGCUAGCAAUCGAAGUGUAAUGUUUCCAUAUGUGCUAAAGGGGUCAGAGAGGAAAUAUUUUUCAGAUCUAAAUCAAACUAUAAAGCAGCUUAUCAGCGAUGGUAGUUCAAAAAGUGAUCUUAAUAACCUUUUCGAAAAAACACUGACAACUACAAUUUUCCGUGAUCACAAUUGGCAAUAUUGGAAGCUGCGCAACUGUCCCUCUUUCGAAAAGCCUUCCCUGGAUGAGUCCUUGUACAGGGAUAUCUCAGAGAAAUUUACUAGUAAACAGCAACCUCGUAAAAAAUAUUGGUUUUCUAUGGGCACUGCAGCUUUAAGCAAAGCAUGGAAAAUUGAAACUGGGUUAGACAAACUGAAAGACCCUGAAAGAUAUGUUAUUCCAUCUGCAGUGGAAUACUAUGAAAAAAUAAAGAAAUUGCGCAACCCCGAUUCAUCUGAUGAUUUAGACAAUCAAAAGGACAAAGAGGAAAACUUGUCGUCUUUGACUUGGAGAGGUUUGCGAGCAGCUCGAGACCACGGUAUGUGGUCCAAAUUCAGUCAGGUUACUAAAGAAAGGGGAUUUUCAGGACUGUUUGGAGAGCCAGAUUCACAUGAUCAGGGGUCUGAAUUGACCCGAGCAAGUUUGACCCCAGAUUUUAUACCAAGUGCGAUCAAAGAAGAUGAACAGCAGACAGUAGUUGAUAAUGAUGAACCUAGCUCUAAAAUCACGGACAGUACAGAAGGACUCACUGCGGUUGAUGAUGCUAGUGCCAAUAGUACAGAAGAAUCUACUACCGGUUUGAGUGUCUUACCGAUACCAGAGAUCGUAUCAACUACGCCAUUAGGAGCGGAGGAUGGGGCUGGGACUCUUGUGUCAUCUGAAAAAAAUGUGGUUACUGAAUCAACAACCGCAAUCGUCGAGAUUUCUGUGGAGGGGGCACUAAAACGCACUGAACCAGAUGGUCAACCUGACACGUCUAAUGUUCCGGAGCCCAAUGACGAUAGUGAUAUUAACGAACCCCCUAAAAAACGAAGACGUAGUUCGCGAACUUCUGCCAAGCACAAUGAAGACUAA